UUAGAUAUAGUUUAAAUUGAUAACAUGCAUCCCUGUAACCAACCAACAACAACAAAUUAUAUCGCUGGCGGUGUCAGUCGUUCGUCGACAUUCAAUCGAGAAAAGUGUAAAAUCCAAGUGAAAUAAAUCAUAACAUAUCUUUAAAAACGACCAAAUCCCUAAAUUUUAUGUUCUGCUGAAAUGAAAUAAAACAAAGAGUUAAUAAAGGAGCAUAUGAAAGAAGCGGAAGUCAGGAAUAAAGAUGUAAUAAAUAUAUUACAAGACGUUAGUGAAGGAAGAGAAGUAAAAAAGGUGAAGUGCCACUCCUUUGUGUAAAAGACGAAUGCGCCAGCAGUGGAGACGAAAGUACUAAGUGCAUAAGUGUAGAAAAAGUCAGAUAAAUUAAAAAUAUAUGCAAGGACGGAAUGUGGAGUCAGCAAUAAAAAUUUGUUGAAAAAGAUGCAAUGUGAUUGUACAAAAUGUUAAGAGAAGUGAAUUGAAUGCAUCUGAGAAAUUAGUAGAUAAGAAAACAUGUAACUAGUGCAUGUGAAAUUCAUGUGAAUGAAGAAACAAGUUUGUGUAUAAUUGAAACGUAAUUGGUGAUUAAUUAAACCACAGAAAUAUUUUAAGAACGAAAGAAAUGUGAAUAAAUGAUAAAAAGUGGAAUAUAAGAUACACAAAGAGAACAAAUUUUAUAUAAAGUAAUACAUGUAAAAUAAACUGAAAAUUUAAAGUUAAAAAUACGACAAUAAAACUUCGUCGUGGAGUAGUUAAUAUAAUGCACUAUAUAUAUUUUCGAGUUUUAAAGACUGAUCGCCACCAUGCAUACUAUUGAAAAGUUUCGAGUGAGUCACGCAUUUUAGUAAGCAACAGCGCAGCACUAGAGCUAAAAGAGCAGAAAAUUAAGGGUAGCAACAAACAUCAACAAAUUUAGGUGUGUGCUACUGUCUUAAAUAAUUGCGUUAAUAGCCUAGAACAAAGUUACAAUUUCUUAAUUAAAUUUUUUAAAUCCAAGAUUGAAAUUCAAAACAGUCUAUUUUAAUUAUACAUACAUAUUGUCAAAAUGACUAGUUUCACAAGUCUGAAGGGUUGGUUUGGUCGCAAGAAGGAACCUAUCUCAGAAAUCGGUAAUCCAACCAACUUUCAACGGCAUUAUCAUGUAUCAAGAAAUGAAGAGACGGGGCAUCUUGAAGGUUUGCCUGCGUCCUGGACAAGACUUAUGAAUGCACAAAUUACCCGCGAUGAACAGGAUAAAAACCCUGACGCUGCCUACCAUGCCGUUAAAUAUUAUAACUAUUCCAUUAAGAAAAAGGACAAUGAAGUAUUUAAGCCGUUCAUUACGGAGGAGGCCAUACACGAGGAAUCAAAAGAAAUAGAUAACUAUGUGAAUUACAAAAAUAAACACAAAUCACAUGAUCCAGAUAAAUCUGAUGAUGAUGAAAUAUAUGGAGGAGGAAGUUCUACUGGGGAAAGUGGUGCAUCGUCCAGUGGAAAUAGCAAUAGUAGUAGUUUCAAUGACAAUCAACAAGCCAUCCGUAUGACCGGUUUGAAUCAAGUGAUUAAAGAACUUGAGUCAAAUUUAUUAGCGCAACGCGAAACAUUGAAACCAAUUUCAUCAUUCACCGCUGACGACCGUCCUCCAUUGCCUGCCAAAAAAUUACAAACCCUACCCCCUAAACCAGUUUUAAAACCAAAGCCCAGAGCGGUAACUCAACAGCUUUCUCGCGGAGUCUCUGAUCUUACUACUAUCAAUGCAGAAGAACCUUUGAACAAGAUCAACACUAAUACGAUUAUCCUCAAUCCUGUGGCUCCAACAGAUGCUGAUACUGAACCAGCUGAGGAAUCCAUUUUGCGUCGAUCAAAAGAUAAACGUGCUCAGAAGACAGACGCUGAAAUUUAUGAGGAACUUCGCGCUAUUUGCAAUAUGGAUGACCCUCGCGAACGGUAUCACACUACGCAGGAGGUGGGUAAGGGUGCAUCUGGGAUUGUAUUUAUAGCAGCCGAUUUGCAAACCGAAGCGCAAGUUGCAGUUAAAACCAUCGAUCUUAAAAAUCAAUCCUCAAAAGAUCUCAUUCUUACUGAGAUACGUGUAUUGAAGGAUUUUAAUCAUAAAAAUUUAGUAAAUUUUCUGGAUGCAUAUCUACUUGAACCAGAAGAUCAGUUAUGGGUAAUAAUGGAAUAUAUGGAUGGUGGUCCACUAACCGACGUUGUCACCGAGACAGUUAUGAAGGAAAGACAGAUUGCGUGCGUUUGUCGUGAAGUUCUUUAUGCAAUAAGUUUUCUACAUUCCAAAGGUAUCAUUCAUCGUGAUAUUAAAUCGGAUAAUGUGUUAUUAGGUAUGGAUGGUUCGGUAAAGGUGACUGAUUUCGGGUUCUGCGCAAAUAUUGAAGGUGAUGAAAAACGUCAAACCAUGGUCGGUACACCAUACUGGAUGGCUCCGGAAGUCGUUACACGCAAGAAGUAUGGAAAAAAAGUAGAUAUCUGGUCAAUUGGUAUUAUGGCAAUAGAAAUGAUCGAAGGACAACCACCAUAUCUCUAUGAGACACCGCUUCGUGCGCUCUAUCUUAUUGCAGCUAACGGUAGACCUGACAUUAAGAGCUGGGAUAAACUUAGUCCCAGUUUACAAGACUUUCUUGAUUGUUGCUUGCAAGUGGAGGUCGACAAACGUGCAACAGCUGAUGAAUUGCUACGGCAUCCGUUCCUUGACGAUUGCAGUGAAGUUAAAGCAUUGGUGCCGAACAUUAAAGCAGCCAAGAAAGUGCUGCGGCGUAUGGUGUAAAGUCACAUGUGAAGGGGUAGUAAGAUAAAAACAACAAUUAUCUACAUAAAAGAUCUGAUCAUGUUGAAUAGAUUGACGUGCAAUUGUAUUAUUGGAUUAGUGCAGUUGUGUUCAUGAGCUGUGCAAGAACGUUGUGUAUUUUAGUUGCCUAUUUAUAUACUACAUAGCUAUAAGUAUGUAUAAGAGGAGCCUUCGAUUGGAUGUGAAGAAUAUUGAGUACGAAAAUACUAUUAAGAUCUGCCACAAAGUCUUAAUGCUAAGUCAAUAAGUGUGACAGAAGGGUGAAGGCGAAUGCUGAAUGGAAUAUAGGGGGAUAGGUGAAUAGUGUAUUGCUGUUGACAGAAAAAUGUUGUAGAAAACAUGAAUAGUGCAGCAUAAUUUUUAUGGAUUUUGGUGCAUUAAGUGAAGCGUGCGAGAACAUCGCUGGUCGAACAGUAUUGCAGUCGAAAGAUAAUUAGACGAUAAUUUUGAGCGCACCACCGGCAACUUACAUGAAAUGAAACAUCCGGAGUUGUUUGAGUCUAAUUAUAACAUCAGCAGCAGCAACAAAAAAUAACACCGUAACAACUACUACUAUUAUUAAUACUACAGCAACUACUACUACUACAACUAAAUAGUAAUCAUUAUGAGAAAUAUCAGCAAAGUCUGACUUCCAUAUUUUUUAUUAAACAUACACACACGCACAUCAACAAACAGUAGUAAUAAAUAAUUCUAAUUAUCGAAAAAAUAAUGAAAACGAAGAUAAUUACUAUGUAUGUAGUUCUAUAACAAAUAGCCGACUAUACAAAGUAAUCAUUACAAACCGAACUAUCAAACAUGCGCAACUUUUGCCGUAGCAAAGACUAUAGUCUGGUCAUAAAUUCUUACAGUGGUUGUACUCUUUCAGCUGAUCAACUCAAUUCAUAUGUAAAAAAGCAUAGUUUAGAAGCAGAAAGUUAAAAAAUGCAAAUAAAGUAAUUUAUUCCUAUUUUUCAUUGUUUCAAAAAAUAUAUGCUUUAUUACUUGACUCAAAAAUGCCAAUAAUUUUUGCACUUUACGUUUAGAUGAAAGUGAGAGCUGAGUAACUAAAAAAAUUAUAAUUUAAUAAAAAUUAGUCACAUUUCAAUACAUAAGCAAAUAUGUAUAUAAAUACUUGCGAAAAAAAGAAAAUAUAUAUACAUAUUAUAUAUACGAACGAUUAGCGAUAUUUUCAUUGCCAAAAUUAUUGUUAUUAUACUUCAUUUUAAUUAUAUAUAAACUUGUAUGUAUAUUUACAUUAAAAUUUUUUUAAUAUACAUAUUUAUAUUUAUACACAUAUGUAUGUACUUUAUUUAAUAUGUAACUUUAUUAGUUUUUAAGUUAAGUUUUACGAUAAUUUGUAUUGUUUAAAUAUUUAUUUUGAUUCUAUAAAUGCAAUUGCACUUUUAUCGUAACUUGCAAACAAUUGAGCGUAAUACAAAACGUAAAUACUUAUAAUCAAUUACUAUCAAUGUGAUUUAAGCGAUUUUAUCAAAGCUAUCUAAUGUCUUAAAAACUACGUUAAAUUCAGAAAAAAAAGUUGUUCUAUGCGAUGUUGUUGUAGGUUCUUGAAGGCAAAAAUCAAACUAAUUGAGACAUUUUUAUGCAAUAAGUACUGCAAAUUUAAAAAAUUAAACAUAUUAAAAAUAAAGAUUGUAUUUCAAACUAAAAGAAUGAGACAUCAAUUAAAUAUAUACAUAAACACAUACGUAGGAAUAGCAAUUAAAAUAAUAAUAAAAAUAAAUAUGUGGGCAUUAGGGCGUGUAUGAAUGGGUCAAAUAUUGUUACAACACGCAUUUAUAAUUUAGUCUUUACAAUGUGCAAGUUGUGAUGUCUGAUAAUUGAUUUUUGCUGUCUUUGAACCAUAUAAACUAAUUGAAAUAAAUAAAUAUACAUACAUGUAAGUCUUCUAUAAUUUUUUUUUUAUAUACUGUUGUAAGCUAAAGUGCCAUUAGGACUAAAUUGUUUAGGAAAAAUCGAAAUUUUAUUGUUGUUGUUGACAAUAACGUUCAGCAAUAAGUUCACAAUUUGUAUUUAACUUAGCUAUGUAAAGAGAAAUUUCGUAAAAAUUCCUUGAAAACGCAUUAUUGUAAUUCGUAGUUUCAAAAUCCAUAGAUUCCGUCUAUAUUUGCAUGAGGAAGAACACAUUUGUAUUAUAGAAAACAUUUUCGACUGGCAUUUUUUACGCAAAAUUUGUAAUUUUAUAGACAGGCAUAUUCAAAUACACACAAUAAUCAAAUAUGUACAAAUUUUAUAAUGUUAGUUUUCCAUUAAUUGUACUACAAAAACAAUAUGUAUUAUACAAGUACUUGCUUGUAGGUUAAAAAGCUUGAUUUAGCACAGCUGAAAUGUUUAAAAAUUCUAAAUUUUAAUCUUAAGCCAGUAAAUUGGAACACUUAUACCUUUGAGGUGCAUACGAUUAUAAUGCAGUGUCGCUACAACUAAAUUUUAAGUGUUUUAUUUGUGCUGCGGAUUUAAACACAUUUUUUGAAGUUAGAAUAUCAAAUUAGUAUUUGUAGCAUUUUUCUGCUAUGCAAUCGCUUGCCAGUCGAUGCCGAUACACUUCAUAUUGCUGAAAAUUAAUAAAUUUAAAUCAUAAAAAUAUAGUGUCACACCUAAAGAAUUUAUAUCCGCUACAUAUACUUCUUAAAUUUUUCAAAUCAAAACAUAUUAUUACCAUUAUGGACUUUCUCAUAGAGGAUUAGCAUGCAAGAUAUACUAUUUCAACUACAAUUAGAUUUCAAUUUAAAUAAUAAAAUAAGUUAUUUUCACGUUUUUGUGAUUGUUACAAUAAACUAUUUAAAGGUUUUGAGUAAUUCAACAGCAAUUGAAUGUUUUAAAAACUGCAGCGCUACUAAAAAAAAUUAUAAAACGCACAAUUUAGUAAUAAUUGGUAAUUAAAUGCAUUUCAUUUACUGAUAUGUACAUAUAAACAUAUGAUAUAAAUACAUAUGUAUGUGGUAUAUGCAUUACAACAUUUCAUUGUAGCUAAUUAUUAAAUUCGGAAAUAUAGUUAGAAUAUAAUUAACAAACGUGUGCUUUAGGGUGUCCGUUAUUUUCCAAGUAGAUUUGUUUUUUUGCAAAAGCCGCCUAAAGUUUCAGUUGUUGCCCUACAUAAAGGAUCUCUAAAGCAAAUAAAACUACAACUUUGAAAAAUUGAUAUGCUAAUACUAAGUUUUUCGCUAGCCAAAAAAGGUCUUCAUAAAAACAUUCCUUUAACAGUUAUACGUAGUUAAAGUUAUGCAUCAAAUGUACUGUAUUCACAAAGUACACCAUGUCGUAUGAGCAACACACAAUGUAUCCUUCUAUGAAUGUUCAGGUCAUUUGAUGUAUAAUUUCAACUGCGUAGAAUAUUUAAAAGGAUGUUUUUAUGAAAAAAAAAACAUAAAAGUUUUUUGUAGAGCGAAAAUUGUGUAUUAAAAUUUGUAUUACUUUUCCAAAGUUGUAGAUUUACUUAAAUAUCACAAAAUCCCAUGUUAUAUAUAAUAUGUACAUGUGAAAAGAAAUAUGCUUUAGUCACGGUUUAUGUUGAAAAUAAAAAUCUCAUUUACGUUGGAUCUUUUUUAGGGGAAAAAACAAAAACUGCAGGUGCGUUUG